AUGUCUGCUAACCAUGCCCCUCAACUCUCCCAGCUGGUCCAUGCAGCUACCCCCAACCUGAUUGAAGCAGAGAAGGCCACUCUUAAGGUGAGGUUUGUUGCUGCCUCUGCAGCUCUGGUCACUGAGGCUAGGUGCCUCCCAGAUGACAAGGAGGAGCUGUGGGAGGAGAAGGUGAUCAUUGACCAUCUUCUAGGGGGAAACACAGCAGAUGGGCCUGCUAUGGCAGAGGCCAACAAGGCCUACAAGAGGUGGGUGGCUGAGGAGAUUGCACAGGGAAAGGCUGACAAAGACAUGUGGAUGGGAGAGGAGGCCUCACAGGUCAUCAGUGAGCAGGGAGUGAAUGUAGAGGUACCAGCUGCAACAGCAAAGAUGUUGCAUGUUGAGGUGACUCAGCCUGCAUGGAAGCAUUCCCAGCAGAUGAUCACAGAAAGCAAGGAUGAAGUUGAGGUUCCAAAGGUCACCAUACCACCCAGAUUGAUCCUCCACAAGGAGCCCUGCAUACAUUGCUUGGUUAAAAAUGCCACAUGCAUGGGACUGGUGGGGUGCACUUGUGAUGGCUGUGCAUGCAUGAAGCAGGGGUGUGAGAAGUUGACAAAGUUGGCAGGAAAGAGGGCACAAGUUGGCACAUUGACUGUGUGGUCUUUGAAGACUGCCAAGGCUGGCUCUUGCAAGAGGGUCGCUGAUGACAAUGAUGAUGAUGAAGUUGAAGUGGUCAAGAGCCACAUGCACACAAAGGGAAAGGCACUGGUGCAUGUUGAUCAGCUUGCUGAGGCAUUAGACAAGAUUGGGGUGGAGUAG